AUGGUGCCUCAUGUCUGGGUUCGAACCGAAGCUUCAACGAAGGCGCAUCGUUGCGCGCAGGGGGCCGAGGAUGCGUGCAGAAAGGGGGACCAUGCGGAGGCUACCGAGCUGCAUCUUGCCGCCGCGAGAGACUUUCUCAGGGCGGCCGAACAGGUUCAAGAGCAUGGCGUGCUGGCCUCCUCGCUGCUGCUGCUGGCAGACUCACACGCCGCUCGGGCAGAGAAGGGGGCUAUACGAUUACGGCUCUCCGGCGAAGGUCGCGGUUCCCUCAACAACUCCUUGUCCUCUUCGAGAGAUCUAACCCCAGCGGAAGCCUAUCGGGCAGCGGCAGCCGGCGUCAAGGCUACGGGCAAGGGGGACGGCAGACGGGAAAACGUGGUGGGUCGGGGCGACGGGCGGAGUAGCCACUCGGUCGGGCCUGAUAUGGACGAUAGCAUCAUGAGGGGCACCGUGGCGAACGGCAACGCCGUGGAGGCGAAGGGGGGGGGGUGCGACGCGGCGGCGGAGCUGGCCCAGAAAUUUAGGCCGCAACGGGAUGACUUGCUAGAGCUGGAGCGCCAGCUCGCCAAGCUCGGGCUCGAGAGCAAGAUGGGGGGCCCCGGGGGGCGAGCCCGCCAGCGACUCUCCAGCGGGGGGGCUCCCCACCUGUCUUCCGCCCUGGGGGACUCGUUCUUCUUCCUCAACAAGUCGGUCAUCUUCGGUGGCGGUGGCGCCGGCGGGAACGGCCCCGCCAACGCGUACGGUAACGGUAACGGCCCCGCCGCCGGGGUGUUGGGGUCGCCCGGGACGAGGUUGGGUGUCACGAACCCCCCCGGCGGCGGCGGCGGCGGCUGGAGAUCAACCUCUGCUCCCCGCCGUUUCAACGAGAGCGAUACUUCGCCGGAAGGGGCCCCGCAGAUUCCCUCUGGCCGCGGAAGCGACAACGUCGGCGACGGUACCCGAGCGGACGGGAGAGUUGCAGGGGGAGGAGAAACGCCACGUGUAGGAAACACCGUUGGUCGUGGUGCCGACACUGCAAGGAGGGUGCAAGGUCCGGGUAGCGGAGCUGAUCGACCUUCGGCUGGAGCCGGCGGGGUGUGGGCUGGCGAGUCGGCGGGAGAGGGGGGCGGGGGCGAGGGCCGACCGGCGUUGUUGCUGUCUUCGGCGGAGGAGGAAGCGAGGCGAGUGCGGGAGGAGGAGGCGCAGCAGGGCGAGAUCAUGCGGCUGCUGACGUGCCUCAAGACGCUGGGGGACGAGAACGUGUCCCUGAUGAAGGAGUGCGAAGACCGAGAUAAGGUUCGGCAGGAGAGUGAAGCCAUACGCGAGGAGAUGAAGAGGUUCCAGCUCAAGUACCACGAAAGGUUCACCCUGCUGAAGAAGACUCUUGACGAGGUGAUGAGGUCUUACCCUCAGCUAGCGGCGCCAGGCACGGCUUCGGCGACGGGCGGAGCGAGCACCUCAGACCCCGCGAAGACUACAGAGGAGGUACAGCGGUUGACGCAGACCAACCGCAAGCUCACCGAGCAGGUUAAGAAGUACGAGAACUACUACAAGGAGCUCUGCCUCAAGGCGGAGAGCAAGCGGAAGGAGCAGCUGUCCCAGGCGAAGGCCGCGCGGCAGCAGCAGCUGGCCCACCACCCGUCGUUUGGUCAGCAGCAGCAACAGCAGCAGCAGCAACAGCAGCAGCAACAACAAGCGCCUCAGCAGCAGCAGCAGCGGGUCCAGAGAAGGCUGUCUCCUGCUCCCGCUGUUCCGCGCCGAGGACAGCAGCAGCAGCAGCACAGCAGCAACAACAAGAUCCUACCGCUCACCCCCAACAGCACUACCCCGCAUUUUCCCAGCAGCACUUCAGACAAAGCCAGCAGCAGCAGCAACAACAACAACAACCAGGAGAGCAGUUGAGGCACAUCGGCUCUCAGGGGGUUCCGGGAUACCGCGGGGGGGGGUCUACUCAGGCCG